CCUCAGCAAAAUUGUCAGCUGCCAACACAAACGCCGUUUGGUCAAAACUGAUCGGCUACACGAAGUCAUGAAUCUCUUUUUUUUUAUUUGCCUUCUGCUCCUUUGCAUCAUCCACACAGCACGCGUCGUCUUUGUUUUUGUGGAGGGUCCUCUCAGUAUUAUAGUAUUCAAAAGACGAUGUCUUCCUCAGGGUACUGUUAUCCAUGCGGUCCACCAUGGAGAACCCUCAAUGCUUUUUUCCCAUGCCCCCUUGGACGCUUCAACAUGGAGGCGAAUUACCCAGGAAGGUGCUGCAGUUCAAGUUGUGACCACCACAUUUUCUAACAGAUUCAUUUGGAUCAUGACAAGUUCAUCAUCAGUUGGGGAGUGUUUGGUUCCUGAAAGUAGAAUUCAGCAGGUAAAAUUGCUUAAUGCAUCUGAUGAUGCCUAUGGAGGAGUCACUGUAGACAUGAAGGAGCCUAUGGAUUCUGAUGACUUUAGGUCUCUGCUCAGAGCUUCAAUAUCGCAAUGGAGGCAACAGGGAAAGAAGGGUAUCUGGAUAAAAUUGCCUAUUGAACACGUAAAUCUUGUUGAGCCUGCAGUAAAGGAAGGAUUUUGGUAUCAUCAUGCUGAACCAUCUUACCUGAUGCUUGUAUAUUGGAUCCCCGAAACUCCUCAUACAAUCCCUGCAAAUGCUUCACACCGAGUUGGCAUUGGUGCUUUUGUAAUGAAUCAUAAGGGAGAGGUUCUUGUAGUACAAGAAAUUCAUGGAAAAUUCAAAGGUACUGGGGUCUGGAAAUUACCUACCGGGGUCGUUGAUGAGGGUGAGGAUUUAUGUGAUGCUGCAAUCAGGGAAGUGAAAGAGGAGACAGGAAUUGAGACGGAAUUCGUGGAAAUCCUUGCAUUCAGGCAAAGCCACAAGUCAUUCUUUGGCAAGUCAGAUUUGUUAUUUAUCUGCAUGCUGCGGCCACUCUCUUUUGAUAUCCAGAAGCAGAAUUCAGAGAUUGAGACAGCACAGUGGAUGCUUGCUGAGGAUUAUGCAGCCCAACCAUUUGUGCAGAACCACAUGCAAUUCAAUUCCAUUGCCAAGUUAUGCUUAGCAAAGAAAGACAAUCACUACACUGGCUUUUCUGCUGUGCCUACAACUACUGGUUUUUCUGCCAAGAAGAGUUAUUUGUACUCCAACAUUCAGGGUGUGGAGCUCUGACCAACUUCUCAUAAUUGGGCACUUGAGAAGGUUAUGUUUGGAGAACAGAAUUCUGUGCGUGUUCAUUUGGUUACCGUAUUGUAAUAGAAUAUAUUGUAUUAGAUAAUAUGGACUAAUUCUAUGUAAAUGGAUAAAAUACAAGAUUAUAUGUGGAACAACAAUACUACACAUUGUAAUCCAGUGUUUGGCAAAACAUUGGAUUAAGAGUGAGAUAAU